UACGGUUUGAAAUAAAAUAUUUUAUUUGUUGUAAAGCUUUUAAGUUCAAAUUAAACUUCCCAUCGAACUUUUUGUGGCCAGGUGUUGCUUGAAAAGCCCCUGAAACAAAUACUGAUAAUAAUUUCGAAAAGCUAAAGGUUUAUUUCACAAAAAGCUACAAUAUAAAAUGUUUAAAUAAAACAAACUCUCCCAUAUCGAAGUUAGUUUACUUCCAAAAGCAGUUGUGACACUAUGGCCGAGGAAAGCUUCAACGUCGACGAAUUGAAUCCGCCAGAAUGGUUAAAUCUUCAGUUUAUUACCGAGGUACUGAGGGGCCAUGAAAAGGCGCCCGAACUCAAAGUGAUCGACCUGGCCUUCAUGCCAGCCAGUCCCAAGGGUGAUCACUAUGCCAGCAUUAUGUUGCGGGCCAAGGUGAAGUACUCCACCCAGAAGGGUGAGUUCGCCAAGUCGCUGAUCAUCAAAACAAUGCCUGAGGCGGAGGGUCCCAAGAAGGACUUAUUUGGCGAGUCUCCUAUAUUCAAAACUGAGAUUGGAAUGUACACCAGGGUCCUGCCGGAGUGCGAACGGAUCCUUCGCGAGGUGAAUGACAAUGCCAGGCUCUAUGUGGACUGCCUCUACCACAGUCUGAGCCCGAAGCAGGUGAUCAUCUUCGAUGAUCUUGUGGAAAUGGGCUACACCGUGGUGCGGGGACGUUGGCUCACGCAGGAGGAGAUUUGCAGUGCCUACGGCAAGUUGGCCAAAAUCCAUGCAGUUAGCAUGAAAAUGAUCAAUGAGCGACCCGAAUACCUAAAGGACUUUCUGCAUGGAAUGUAUGAUAUGCCCGGCGUGAUGGACAGUCCCAUUGUUAGCGGCGGCAUGGCUCUGUUUGUUGAAUUUUUGGGCAGCCAUCCGGAACUUAACAAAUACCAGCCCUACUUCGAGAAGAUAAGGCUCCAUUACAAGGACAGACUGCAGGAGACCAUGCUGGAGUAUCGUAAUAAUCCCCAGCAGGAUGGUUACUACGUGCUCUGCCAUGGAGACUACCACGUCCGGAAUAUGAUGUUCAGGCACAACAAGGAAACCGGAAGCUUCGAGGACUGCAUGUUACUGGACUACCAGGCCUGCAAUAUCACUCCCAUAGUCGUGGAUCUUAUAUACUCCAUCUACAUGCUGAUGGGGCCAGAGCAGAGAGCUGGGGAAGUGGAACACCUGCUCAAGUACUACUUCGCGGUAUUGGUGGAGACUCUGAAAAAGAUCGGUUACCAAGGAAAAAUGCCCACUGCCAGUGGGUUCUGGGCGGAAUUCAAGCGGCACAGAUAUUACGAGUUCUUUAUGGUCAGCACAGUCCUGCCCGUGUCUAUUGCCUUAAGAACUUUCAACUUUGACCUAGAGGAAAUGCUUUACAACGAAGAAACCAGGCGGAAAUGCUAUCAGCUCAAAGUUUUGGUCGAAGAUGUCAAAAAGGUGCUGGAAAGAUUCGAACGAUCGGGUUACUUUGAGGAUCUGUGAGAAAUAUAUUAACAUACCAUUAAGAUACAUUGAUUCAAGAAAUGUAAUCAUUUUUAAGAGAUAAAUGCACACAGUGUUUAUAAACAAAAUAAUAUCUCCUCCCUUCCUAUAAGUAAAUACCAUAUUUGUGU